AGUCAUCAGUUUCACUUCAGUAAUCACUAAUCAGUAUCGCCACAUAAGUCGAGUCAGACGCUUGUGUGCAUUCAGUUAAGUAUGUUAAGGUAUUUGUCAACCUUAACUAAUACAGCAGCCGUAAAUAAAAAAUUAGUAAGAAUGACAAGUAUCCACAGUGCAUAUAAAGACGACGUUCACGAUGUACCAAUGUCUGUAAUAAUCAGGCCUUUUAUUCCCGAGUUAGACGAAAAAAAGGUGCAAUCUCUUAUGGACACUAUUCAAAAAGAAGAAGUACAGGGUAUUGUUCCUCCAAUAGACAUUAUCUGGAUUAAGGGUAGAGAGGGGGGCGACUACUACUACAGUUUCGGAGGAUGCCAUCGUUUUGCGGCGUACAAGAGACUAAACCGACCCACAAUACCAGCUAAGAUAGUUAAAUCUACUAUUGCAGACUUACAAACUUAUUUAGGUAGCAGUACACCAGACCUUAAGUGACCUUGGCAUAUAUAUUGGUGUAAAAAUAUUGAAUAGUUCAACACAUAUUAAUAAAGCACGUACGGAGUUGAUUUUAGAUUGAUGGAUGGAUG